GUUUUUAGUGCCAGUUCAAAAGUUUCAGGUUAGAAAUGACAAGGUUCUGACACCGUUUCCGAAAAAUCCAGGACAGCGAUAACAGUCGAUUAAACAGCUUUGGUUUGUUGCCUUAGCCACCCACCAUGCAAACCCCAGUGGUUAUGAUCAUCGGAAUUGUAUGUGCCCCCUGUGGGCUCGUCCUGGCGUUGGUCUGCACAGUGGCCCCAGGAUGGCGAGACAUAAGAAACUUUUCCGGUGCCUCUGCUGACCAGGUGAGCUAUCAGGGAAUAUGGGACAUCUGUCAGGAGUAUGAAAGCACCCACAAACGCACAUGUGGAGUUACAGACGAUGCUUACUUUCAGACUUUGGUGAUCCAGGUAGCCCGUGGUCUAAUGCUGGCUUCUUUGGGAGUGACGACUAUAGGUAUAAUCUUAGCUUCCCUUGGAAUUCGCUGCUGGAGAAGUAAACCCAACUACCUGUUUGCUGGACUUGGAGGCAUCGUGAUCUUUAUUUCUGGGGUGCUCAGUCUUAUUCCCCAGUCCUGGUACACCAACCAGAUCAAUGCUAUCUCUAGCUCAAGUGCACCCAAUGGAAGCAUACAGACAAGCUAUGCCCUUGUCGUGGGCUUUAUCGGCAGCUGCUUGGAACUUAUUGGAGGGUUCUCUUUGGCACUUAGCUUCGCUCACUUCUGUGUUGAAAGGCAGAACGUAACAGCAAACAAGUACUUCACUAAAAAUCCGAAGCCACAUAUUACUAAACCAGUACCCAAAUCGUACACUAAUCCUAUGGAAGUGACAGAUGGUCCCUCAGUGGCAUCCAGUCCAGUCCCCUGCGAUUCAGAUUUGUAGAUGUGAUGGCAUGAAAAGAAGAAAAAGUGCUUCCAUACCGAAAGCUUAGCUGUGCAAUGAUGUGUGUUCUUGACAGAACAUUAUUUUUCAUCAGCCAUGAACUUUUCUGGUUCUGGUUUUAGCUGCUAAUUAUACUGUUAUAUGGACAAAAGAGUGCUUUAUUUUAUAAAACCUAAGAUAAACUAAAGUGGCUGCAAACUUCUGAACAAGGGCCUUUAAAAAAGUUUGAUGUUUGCUGCCUCAGCCUCUAAGGACUGGCACUUAAUAAGGGUGACUGUUGUUAUGUGGUUCAGAAUAUUUACUGUAAUUAAGUUAGAAGAAGAAACUUUAGAGACUGCCUAACAGAACAAAAUCAAGGGCAGAAUCUGUCUGAAUUACGUUUGUAACAUCACACUAUAAAGCACAAAUCAAAUGCCCAAGCUACCAUUUAAUAAGUCUGUUAUAACAGUAUAAGUUAAAAGAUGUUGGAGUAUUACCAAUGCAUAUCUAUGAAAGAGAAAGCCACAGAUCUUUCAUAACCUGAUGUGAAACACAGAAUGGUUAAGAAUGAAUGCAAUAUUUGACAGUUUGUGAAUGCUGCAGUGGUAGUAACUUGCUCUAGGAAUGCUUCAGUGACACAACAUUUAUCUUUUUUUAGGUAAUGAAGGCCUUUGGGAUGGUCUCACAGAUCACUACCCAUUCUGUGUUUUGCAGUACUGUGGUGCAUCCAGUUGCGACUUCUUUUUGUGUCAGUCAUUUAAGCAGCUUUGAAUACAUAGCCGGCCUUCAAAGCUGAAGGAUGUUCUUAACCUUUAUUUUGUUUACCCAUCCCCCAACACACACAUAAAAAAAAACUUUUGAGUUUGUGUGUAAUUAGUUUUCACAUUUGUUUAUAUAUACAGUUAUCUGUUUAAAGGUGUGAUAUGCAGUUACUGGAUUUCAGUGGAUCUUUUGGAGUUAGAACAUUGCAGGGUUUUGCUUGCUUACUGCAGUCAUUGAACUAUUAUCACAACUUAUCAAUACAGUCCAUUUCUUGGCAAGCUAGUCUAAGCAGACAGAGAAGGCUCCAAAUGUGUCUCAAGACUGAGGUCCAGUAUGCCUAAUCCCACAACUAAAGUAUUAUGUUUGUAAGUAAAAUAUCUUUCACUUGUUUAUUGAUUAUGUAUUUGAUUUUAUUAUCCAGUUAAGUAAUGAAAGACACCAAUAAUCCUUGUUCCGCUAUGUGCCACUUUUGUUAGAAAUACCCCAGUCUCAGUAUGUGCCACUUUUAUUAGAAAUACACCAUUAAGAGAUUAAGUGAGAUGUGUGAGAAUAUGAGCUCACCAAGAGGAUUUUUUUAUUUUAUUUAUUUAUUUAUUUAUUUUUGCCAAGAACCUGUGAAGCAGAAACAGAUCUCAAGCACUGACAUUUUUGCAUGUUACUGUAUGCAGUAGUUUGCAAGUCCACUACCACUGGAUUUAGAAACUAAGCCAAUAUCACCUUGAAGCAUAUUAUUUGUGCAAUUAUUUAAGCCUAAUGGAAAACUGUGGAAUUUCUAAUUGCCCAUGCGUGUGAGUUUGUGUGCGUGAGUGUGCAUGUGUGAAUGCACAUGCAUGCUUAUGAGGCAGAGCAGUACAAUGUGAUGGACGAUUAUCUCACUAGACUGUGAUGGACAAUUAUCUAAGCUAGGCUGUGAUGGACUAUUAGCUCAGCUAGGCUGCAUUCUUCUUUGGUUGCAAUGUUUCCGGUAACUGAGGAGAUCAGUAUUUAGAAUUACCAUUAUAGUUUCUGACUCAUAGGUAUUUUGAAAUGUAAGACCAUUUCCCUUGCACCACUUUUUUUCUCACUUUUAGGAUACGCCCACUUGUUGCUGCUUUACUGGUUUCAGUUAUAAUUUAGGAUUGUUAAAAACCCUGUGGGAAUUGUGCAUUCCUGAACCAUUAUACAGUAUGGGAUGCAAAUAUUGUGAGUUUGAUUUAAAAAGCCAAGUAGGUAAUACCUUUCGAAUAUCUAUAAUAUUUGCAGAUGCUGUCAGAAAUCUACUUGCUUCAGCACAGGGCUAAAGUGCAGUUCAACAUCCCACUUCCUUUCUUCUAAUUAAACCCAUUAUUAAAAAAUGUAUACCCUUUUUGCAAAUUAAAUCCAUAUCUGGUGGCUGUUAAUGGAAAAUAUGACAAUAUUGCUUACCACCUGUUUUUCAAUGCUUUUCAUUUCUUGAAAUAUGCUUGUUGUUUUUUUUUUUUUUUUUUUAGAGUAAAUUUAUGUGACGUGAUACAAACUUUAUUUGGAUCUUUUCAUAUAAUGAAACCUUGUAAAAUAAUACAAAAUGUAUUUGGAUCUCAUCAUAUAAUUAAAUCACUUUACCAUGAUACUAAAUUGAAUAGUAGCACAGUGUUGUGGUGACCACUAUAGUUGCCUUGCAACAAAAGAUUCCCCAGUUUGCUUCUCAGAUGGGGUGUCUUCUGAAUGCAUGUCCUUCUUGUGUUCAAGAGUGUUUUCUCCAGGUACUCUGUUUUCCAUAUCCCAUAGGCAUGCAGUAGAACUGGUGUAUGUAAAUUAUCUCGAGGUGUGUGUGUGUGUGUGUGUGUGUGUGUGUGUGUGUGUGUGUGUGUGUGUGUGUUUAAUGCAGCAGAAAGGCUUGGCAAUCUAUUUGAGUUCCCUACUUACCUAGCAAGUUCUGGGGAUGGUUUCAGCUAUUCACAAAAUUGCUGUGUGACUCUAAUGCAAUUCAACUACAUUGGAUAAAAGCUGAUUUGUUAAACAUCUAAAAUGGCAUCAGUUUUGCAAGAGAUGUUAUAGACUAUUUCUUCAAAAUGGCAAUGACCAGGGCCUCCUUUGAAAUUCAUAUGGUAUGGAUACCUAAGCAAGGAUGUAUUCUGUAGGUCAUGAUGAUGGUUUCAAGUGAACAAUGCUGGUAUGAGAUCUGGAAACUGAAGAUGCUUUUUUGCAUAUGAUGAGAGCGUAAGUGUAGCAAUUUUUUAAGUAGGUUUCAGUUAGUAGUGUUGCAAUGUGGUAGUGUUACAAAAUGGUAGAAAUGAAAAGUAAUAUGCAACAAAAUUUAUAUAAGACAGAGAUGCUGGUUUCCAGGCAGCAGUAUCUAAGAAGUUCCUUUGAGUAUAAAUGUCUUGCGCAAGUAGGGUUUGGUUAUAGGAAUGGGUUGAGCCAUCUAGGUUAUGACUGAUAUGAAAGCAGCAGCAAAAUCAUGUUUAUUUUGUUUAGAAGUUACACGAGCUCAUCCUUUUGACAGUAAUAGGCAGGCAUUUAGUUUGAGGCUGUUGGAUAUUGCUGAACUGUUUAUGUCAGAACAAGUAAUCCAAAAAACAAAAUAGUUACUUUAAGUUUACUGAAGUGCUGAAGGUAUUACUUGGUAGAUAUUUCCUAAUUAUGCUGAACAACUACAUUUUUUACCUAUGGAGUAUUCCAGAAAUACUUAAAAUGCCAAGGUUGGUGUUGUUUUUGGUGGGGAAUAAGCAUAUGAGCUGUUUUUUAUGGUUGCUGAACACUGGUAAUGUGAUAAACCAGUGCAGGGACAGAAAUUUCCAUCUUUAAGUCUCAUCUUGAUUUGUAAGAUGCAACAGCAUGAUACAAUCGUGCCAGCUAGAUUACCAAGUGACAGGCAUUGACCAGUUUUGUUGCAGACUGAACUUCAACAGAGUGUAGUUACACAUCUCAGUACUGCUCUUAUUUUAGAAAAGAAACAAGUUCUGCACCGAACAGCUUAAGAUAUCCUACAAUUACACAAGAAAAACACUGUUUACUCUGUUAACUAAGCAGGCCGAGCAUGUGAUAGCCUUGACAAACAGGGCCAUAUGCAUAGAGAAUACCGAGCUUGCUGUCUAUGCUGUUAUCAUAAUUACAUGAGCAUUCACGCUUUUAUGCAGCUAAACUAAUGCUGAAUGCCAGUAUAUGAUAUUGUAACAGAAACAGUUUAACAACUAUGAUUAAAACAAUCUGUUGAUCCUGUUUAGAUAUAUAAAUGCAUACUUACAUACAGAGCUGUGAAACAACAAAGCUAAUCAUUGUCUGACUGCAUUCUUCAGUCCACCACUCGGAAAUACUCUGAUGAACAAUUUGAAUAUUGUACAGUCCCAUGAAAUAAACAAGCACUCCCACCUCUAACCAUGGCAGUCACAUGAAUCGCUACAGGUAGUUGACAUAAUGCUCACAUUUUCUGUCUGGAAGGAGUACUUCAGCAGGCCAAGACCAAUAAAUCAAGUCCCAGUUAUCCAGAGUAGUUGAAUAGGCUAUUCCCGGCAGAAGUACCUCUAGUGAUGGCCUACUGUUAUAUACACAUAGGCAUUAUUUACAUCUGCUGUUUUUGUAUGCAUUUGAAAGGCAGGCAAGCUGGUCAAUAGGUUGUUUGCCAGAGUGUUGAAAGAUGGAUGCCAAGUAGGAGAUGAAAAGAAGAGCCUAUAAUAUUUAAAUAAAAGGCAAACAGCUUUGGAAUGUAGCACUGAAUCCACACCUCACUUGUCUAGUGUCAGUGUUUCACAAUACUUACCGGUAUGAAUGCAAUUUAAAAUGUUUCACUGACGGUGUUUAUCAUUGUUUUGCACUAAGUAGAUUUAAUUUACUUUGUCUUUAGUGCCCAUGUGUGUGUAUGUGAGUGUGUGUGUGUGUGUGUGUGUGUGUGUGUGUGUGUGUGUGUGUGUGUGUGUGUGUGUGUGUGUGUGUGUGUGUGAGUGCACAUGUGUGUAUACACUUUGAGCACACACACAUUUGGCUUAGUAGUUUUGCCAAAUCAAUGUUAAAAUCUUGGAAUUAGAGUUUGGUUUAUUGCUCUUACAUCACCCACCUCACGUAUUUUAAAUGUUGCAUUGAUCACAUUUAUAUACAACUUAAUUUGCAGACGGUCUGAAACAAAUGUGAAUUUAUGACCAUGACUCAGCAUACUCUGGAGAAUUUUAUAUGUGUUUGCUUUAAGCUGCUUUUAAAAUGUAGCAGCUUUUCUACUGUAAUUGAUUCAUGUCUUACUGCCAUUUAUAAUAGGCAGCGCAGUACAUACUGGCUGCGUAAUGCUUAUUUAUUUAAAUAGGUAGCUUUCAGAUAUCUUUAUUACAUUGUUCCUCUCAACAGUUAUACCUGCUUUAUUUAGUGAGCUAUUGAUUAAACAGAUCCGCAUGUCAUGCUAAACUUCAAACUCCAUUACAGUACAAAACCCACCGUACCCUCUCAGUUUGCAGAAUUUCUUUAUAACACAAAUAGGAAUACCUGUAACUCAUACAUUGCGUGAUAUGACUUUCCAUGAACAGUACUAUAAAUUUCCUAAAAACUACAGGAAAUCUGGAGAAUGUCCAAUGUAUAAAAAGAAAACACAUGGUUGUCAGAGUUUCACUGUUCUUGAACUUUUCAGUAAAGCACUGCAUUUAUAUUAUUUUACUCUAUCUUUCUCUUUGUUUUCUGUUAUUCCUUUAUAUGUUAAGUGGAGGGUGUGUGCACAGCACAGGCAAUAACGGUGAUAUGAGGUCUUAAGACAUGACUGAUUUAAACAUACCCAGGAUUUGUUAGCAGCAUGUGUGUGCAAUUUAUUUAAUUCUAUACAGUGGCUUUAUUUGUUAAUCAAAUGCCUGUGUUGAUCUAAGGAACCCUGAAAAUAUGUCACUUUUGCCAAGAAUGUCACACAUAGUGUUACAUGGUUACUGCAGACAGCGUAUAUUCAGCAUUUAGUGAUGUUUGAAAAGAAAGUACAUGCGUGCCCUCUUGGACAAAUGAAAACAAAUAUUGUCGAUAAUGUUUUCAGGAUGCACAUAAGUAGCUAAAUUCAGUUACUAUAGCACAUAGUUCUAGUUAAACCAAGAAUGAAUUUCACAGCGUAAUCCUGUUUUGAUUGUUGAGAUUCAGUACUGCUUUAUAAGUUUCAUAAAGGGAAGGGGGGUUGCAAGAAGCUCCGGUGGACAUAAGCUGUUUCAGCUUUUUUUUGAAGAAGACUGUUUUUUUUUUUUUAGCACUCAUUAAGUAUUAAAGUGUUAAAUGUUUUGCUUACACUAUUUGCUUUAGUUUAUAUAAUAUGCAAUGUUGAAAGAAUUGCUGAAUAAUGUUUACAGUGAUUGAAUUACUAUUAUUGUUUGUCAACCCUAUUCAAAUCAAAUUCUUCAAUUAAUAUAUAUUUUCUAGAUUACAAUCUCUUGUAUAGCAUCAUUUUUGUAAAUAA